AUGUUUUCUCAUCAAUUAGUUAUCUAUAGUCAAAUAGUCGGUUCUAUAAACUCUGCAGUGGUAGUCGUCGGUUCUAGAGUGGAUGUUGUCGUUGGCUCAGCCGUUGUUGUCGUCGGUUCUAGAGUGGAUGUUGUCGUUGGCUCAGCCGUUGUUGUCGUCGGUUCUAGAGUGGAUGUUGUCGUUGGCUCAGCCGUUGUUGUCGUCGGUUCCACAGUGGAUGUUGUUGUUGGCUCAGCCGUUGUUGUCGUCGGUUCUAGAGUGGAGGUUGUGGUUGGCUCAGCCGUUGUUGUCGUCGGUUCCACAGUGGAUGUUGUUGUUGGCUCAGCCGUUGUUGUCGUCGGUUCUAGAGUGGAGGUUGUGGUUGGCUCAGCCGUUGUUGUCGUCGGUUCUAGAGUGGAGGUUGUGGUUGGCUCAGCCGUUGUUGUCGUCGGUUCCACAGUGGAUGUUGUCGUUGGCUCAGCCGUUGUUGUCGUCGGUUCCAGUCGAGUGGAGGUUGUCGUUGGCUCAGCCGUUGUUGUCGUCGGUUCCACAGUGGAUGUUGUCGUUGGCUCAGCCGUUGUUGUCGUCGGUUCUAGAGUGGAGGUUGUGGUUGGCUCAGCCGUUGUUGUCGUCGGUUCCACAGUGGAUGUUGUCGUUGGCUCAGCCGUUGUUGUCGUCGGUUCCACAGUGGAUGUUGUGGUUGGCUCAGCCGUUGUUGUCGUCGGUUCUAGAGUGGAGGUUGUGGUUGGCUCAGCCGUUGUUGUCGUCGGUUCCACAGUGGAUGUUGUUGUGGGCUCAGCCGUUGUUGUCGUCGGUUCCACAGUGGAUGUUGUUGUGGGCUCAGCCGUUGUUGUCGUCGGUUCUAGAGUGGCCACAGUGGAUGUUGUUGUUGGCUCAGCCGUUGUUGUCGUCGGUUCCAGAGUGGAUGUUGUGGUUGGCUCAGCCGUUGUUGUCGUCGGUUCCACAGUGGAUGUUGUUGUUGGCUCAGCCGUUGUUGUCGUCGGUUCUAGAGUGGAUGUUGUGGUUGGCUCAGCCGUUGUUGUCGUCGGUUCUAGAGUGGAUGUUGUGGUUGGCUCAGCCGUUGUUGUCGUCGGUUCCACAGUGGAUGUUGUUGUGGGCUCAGCCGUUGUUGUCGUCGGUUCCACAGUGGAUGUUGUUGUUGGCUCAGCCGUUGUUGUCGUCGGUUCUAGAGUGGAGGUUGUGGUUGGCUCAGCCGUUGUUGUCGUCGGUUCCACAGUGGAUGUUGUUGUUGGCUCAGCCGUUGUUGUCGUCGGUUCUAGAGUGGAGGUUGUGGUUGGCUCAGCCGUUGUUGUCGUCGGUUCCACAGUGGAUGUUGUCGUCGGUUCCACAGUGGAUGUUGUCGUUGGCUCAGCCGUUGUUGUCGUCGGUUCCACAGUGGAUGUUGUUGUUGGCUCAGCCGUUGUUGUCGUCGGUUCUAGAGUGGAGGUUGUGGUUGGCUCAGCCGUUGUUGUCGUCGGUUCCACAGUGGAUGUUGUCGUUGGCUCAGCCGUUGUUGUCGGGCAGGGAGCCGUUGUUGUCGUCGGUUCUAGAGUGGAUGUUGUCGUUGGCUCAGCCGUUGUUGUCGUCGGUUCUAGAGUGGAGGUUGUCGUUGGCUCAGCCGUUGUUGUCGUCGGUUCUAGAGUGGAUGUUGUGGUUGGCUCAGCCGUUGUUGUCGUCGGUUCCACAGUGGAUGUUGUCGUUGGCUCAGCCGUUGUUGUCGUCGGUUCCACAGUGGAUGUUGUCGUUGGCUCAGCCGUUGUUGUCGUCGGUUCUAGAGUGGAGGUUGUGGUUGGCUCAGCCGUUGUUGUCGUCGGUUCCACAGUGGAUGUUGUCGUUGGCUCAGCCGUUGUUGUCGUCGGUUCUAGAGUGGAGGUUGUCGUUGGCUCAGCCGUUGUUGUCGUCGGUUCCACAGUGGAUGUUGUCGUUGGCUCAGCCGUUGUUGUCGUCGGUUCUAGAGUGGAUGUUGUCGUCGGUUCUAGAGUGGAUGUUGUGGUUGGCUCAGCCGUUGUUGUCGUCGGUUCUAGAGUGGAUGUUGUGGUUGGCUCAGCCGUUGUUGUCGUCGGUUCUAGAGUGGAGUUGUCGUUGGCUCAGCCGGUGUCGUCGGUUCCACAGUGGAUGUUGUCGUUGGCUCAGCCGUUGUUGUCGUCGGUUCCAGAGUGGAUGUUGUCGUUGGCUCAGCCGUUGUUGUCGUCGGUUCCACAGUGGAUGUUGUCGUUGGCUCAGCCGUUGUUGUCGUCGGUUCUAGAGUGGAGGUUGUGGUUGGCUCAGCCGUUGUUGUCGUCGGUUCCACAGUGGAUGGGGGUGUGUUGGCUCGCCGUUGUUGUCGUCGGUUCCAGAGUGGAUGUUGUCGUUGGCUCAGCCGUUGUUGUCGUCGGUUCCACAGUGGAUGUUGUUGUUGGCUCGCCGUUGUGUCGUCGGUUCUAG